UGCCCUAAGAGCUCGUAAUUUUACCGAUUAUUAUUUUUCCACGUCCUAACUUGCUUUCUCUCUCUUCCGUAGGAGAAGGAGAAAAAAUUCGAAAUUGGGGGAAAAUCCUUGAAACCCUUGUUCUAUAAUUGGUCGAUGAUCAUUUCGAUCCCCUCUUUCAAAGGUUCUAUUGCAUUUUCUAUUUACUUGGAUACUGCAUACACUUCCUCUUAUGUCCAAUGGUUGCUAGCUACAUUCAUUCACAUUUCUUGUUCUCCUACUUAUCUGGAAUUUUAGUAACCUAUAUGCUACAGUAAAGCUUUUAAAUGGCUGCAAAUGGAAGAUUUGAUUUGUCUUUGAGCAGAUCUGAUGGGCCUUCUUAUGGUACUGGGCAACGAGUACCAUAUGCUAUUGCACCUCUAGAGAAGUCAGGAUUUCGUGAGGGUUCAGAUCGCAUAAUUUCAUCAUCUCAUGGCACAUCAAAGUCUUGCACCAUAACAUCCCAAGGAGAGAUGACUUGCUUAUUGCAGUCUCUUGCUUCUGACCUUAGGGGUGUUGUUCCAGAUCCAAAGUUAAAUAGGCCUGGAGAGAUGAAAAGGGCAAUGAGUUCUAUUUUUGGAGCAUCAACGGAGAACUCUUCAUCCUCUACAUUUGAAGCAAAGCAAUUUGCAUCUUCUUCUUUGGAGGGGAUUAAGCGUUUAAAGAAUAAUCUUCAGGAGAGUUCUUCCAAAGCUAGGGACAGAGCAAAAACUUUUGAUGCUGCUUGUUCGAUGAUUGAUAAGUUCUGGCAGCUAAAAAGAAAGCGCUCUCGAAUUGGCUACCCAUCAAAUGUGCGGACCACUGGUUUAUAUCAAGGAGCAAACAUUCCUAAGACUGGACUUCAAAGUUAUGCGUCUGGAAGUGGCCUUGAGGCUGGGUCUCAAAGAGAGGAAAAGUCUAAAAUUGGAAUACCAAGCAGAAGGAUUCGAACUUCUCUUCUUGAAAUGGAUGUACAGACUAAUGGUACCACAAGAAUGUCCGGGCCUCUGGAGAGGGAUAAAGAUAUGUUAAAAUCCAUAAACGGAAAUGCGACACAGUUGGCUGAAAAUGAUGGAGCAUUUUCAGCAGACGGUUGGGAACGGUCAAAAUUGAAAAAGAAGCGUUCUGUAAUAAAAUCAGAUGCUUCAACAAAUUCUGGAUUGUCUAGAUCAUCACAAGGAGGAGAACGGGAAGUUAAAAGAGGAAUGCAGCAAAAGCUUGGCAUUGAUGCUCGACCAAGAAUUAAUCAUGCACACAGCUUCAGGCCAGGAUUGGAUGGUAGUACUACAAUGGUUGGAAAUUCAGACACAAGCCCUCAACAACAUGUUCCCAGUGUGCGCUCUCGGAUUGAACUAAAUAAUGCUUCACUUCAGAAUGACAAAAGAGAUGUGCGAUUUUUUCCAGAGACUGAAAAUGCCUCCCUUAAAGUUAUUUCCAAGCCUAACAGCAAAGAAGAUAGGUGUGGUGCAAGUCCUUCAUUUUUAAAAUUUGGUUCUUUCCGAACACGGACCAAUCCAGGUUCACUGCCAAAAACAGCAGGCAACAUCCAUCGAGUUGUGGGAAAUCAAGAGGAUAUGGAGCUGCCUCAAGCUACAGAGAAGCUCAAUGCUCUUGGUGUUAGUAAUCGGAAAAGAGCAGCUUCUGUUAGGUCAUCAUCGCCUCCUGUAGGACAAUGGGCUGUACAAAGGCCAAAAAAGUUUUCCCGUUCUUCAAGAAGAUCGAGUCUCUCCCCCCUUGUUCCAAGCCAUGAUGAGUUGGUUGUACCAGAGGCUAUGGACGAGGCUUCCAUCCAUCAUGAUAGUUUAGGGGAGGCAAGGCAUGCAUCUUUGAGUGCUUCCCAACAGAGUAAAAUGACCUCAGCUUCACUGUCAGAAAGUGAGGAAUCAGGUGUUCAAGAAAACAAGCUAAAAUGUAAGGUGAAUAAAUGCACAGAAAUGGAGGAUAAAUCUGGUCAAACUGUUCAGAAGUCUGCAAAUCUCAUCAUGGCAUCAAGGAAGAAUAGGAUGGCUGUUGAGGAGGAUGCUGGAGAUGGUGAUCGUAGGCAGGGGAGGAUUGGAAGGUGUUUUGCUCCUGCAAGGUCUGGUUUGUCUGCAACAACUGAGAAGCUCGGCGAGGCUGUCACUGCCAAGCAGCAGAGAAGUGUUCGACAUGGCUCUGAAAGGGUUGAAAGUAGGCCAGAUCGUCCGCAUAUUAAGAAGUUGUCUGAACGUAAAGCUUACACACGUCCAAAGCAAUCGAUAAACAUUUUAUCGAUGGAAUCAUCUGAAGAAUCUGCUGAUGAUCAAGAAGAGCUUGUGGCUGCUGCAACUGCUGCCCUUGAUACAGGUUGCCUCCAUUAUGAUCUUGAGAUUAUGGUUACGAAUCAUGAAAGAAGUUUCAUGCUAAAGCAUGGGUGUAGCAACCCCAUCCCAAACUCUACAAUAAGUGAAGCCUUGUGUGUUUACGGGUACUACUUUCUAUUUUAACAAAAUCAUGUGAUGUUUAUAUUGUGUUGAUCAGGAAGUUCUUGUUCCAGUUCUUUAUGGAAGCAAUUAGAACCAGUCUUUAGGUUUGUUUCCUCUGAAGAUGUAGAUUUCUUGCUUGAACAGAUCCAACUUACCAAUGCGUCAGCUGCAGGGACCCUUGCUGAUGGAGAUAAUUCCCAGAACUUAAAGGUUGAUCAUGAGCACGUUACAAUAUCAUCAGGACCAGUUGCCACUAAUAGUUGGAAAAGCACUAAUUUGUCUAAUGGAAUUAGCUCUUACGAAAAUGAAAAAGAGAGGGGAUUUACUAAGGAUACAGUAAACGCUGAUCCUCUUUUAAACAGUGGAGUCUCACUUUGCCAAGCACUUCUUUCAGCUAUAAUUGGAGAAGAAGAUAUGGA